GACCAGAUGUCAGUCGUCAGAUCAGCAGUUAGGCUAGACACUAAACAUUUUUAAUUGGUAGAUUUUAAAACACAAGACCAAGAGAUCGUUCUUUUAAUGUGAACUGUACAUGUUAAGUUACGGUAGCUGCUUUAAUUAGGGAUGUGGCUUUAAAUACAAAAGUACUUCCUCUAGUGUCUUUUUUUUUUUAAUAGCUGGAAGUAAUUUUUGGUUCUUUAAAAAAUACAAAUGCAAACCACAGCCAGUUGCCAUGGUUACUACUGUAUGCUAAUGUGAAUAGCUUAUUUCACAUUCUUAAACCUAUAGGAUUGGGGAAGCAUAAUUAUUCUGGUCUAUCACUGUUUCCCCUUUAGCAAGGCCACCAUCCUUCUACUGCGAAGAAAGAAUGUUGUAAUUAGCCCAGAGUGCACAGCAGAACAGAGAUCUUCGAGGUAGUGGUGGUGGCUGUGUCACUGUAUUAUUUAAGCAGCUUUAAGACCUAACCUACACUUGAGGCAAAACAGGUUGGUACUAAGAAGUGCCUUUCCUGACGUCUCUGCUGCUUGGAACCGCUUCUAGAGCAGUCUCUGCUUUUUGCCUUGCUUGCUGCCAGCUAGACUGCGACGACAGCACAUCCACCCUCCACCUCUAGCCCAGACACCCCCAUUUCUACUUAUAAUCAAGAGAAAAGCUCUAAGUAUCAGGCAUUGCCCUAGGCUGCUUUAGUAUAAAAAUAAGUUUGCUGAAAAAGUAAGAUACCUUCUGCCAGAAAAUCAAGGAGAGAAAAAAAAAUUUCUUGAUUGUUGCUCUAAACUGCUGCAUCUGUCUAUGCCAAACUAAUCAAUACCGAUUGCACCACAAAAUCCAAUUGCAAAUUCAGCUGUGUUGGAGAUUACCUUUCAGACAACUUUACUGAAAGCAGCUUGGAAAUUCUGUGUCAAAGGGUCUGCCACGUUUUCAUGCUUGCAUUUUGGGCUCCAAAUUGGUACUCGGAAUGGGUUACUGAGAGCACAAGGCUAGUUUCAGGCCACACUUUUUAACAUUCAUCUUACUUAUGAACCUAGCAUUUCUUUUAAGUACAAAAGUUCUUUCAAUUAGCAGUUUCAUGCUGUGAAUUUCUAGUUGGAAACAUUUUGUUUGAUAUUGUGACAACAUAAUUUUACAUGUACUUUUAAAGUAGGGUCUGGGGAAAAAAAGUAUUUUGGAGGUGACAUUUUCAUCAUUUCCAAUCUAUCAGUUUGGCUGUUUGUUUGUUUGUUUCACUGAAAAUUUUAACUACCUGUAAAAAAUCUAAACAUGGCUGUUAGUGUCACACCAAUUCGGGACACAAAAUGGCUAACACUGGAAGUGUGUAGAGAGUUCCAAAGAGGGACUUGCUCACGACCAGACACGGAAUGUAAAUUUGCACAUCCAUCGAAAAGCUGCCAAGUUGAAAAUGGACGAGUAAUCGCCUGCUUUGAUUCAUUGAAAGUAUGUCCAGGACUAAAGGCCAGAUCCUGUUUGCUGAACUCAUCCUAUCAAAGUCACUCUGAGUUUGUGGGAGUACAGUAUGGCAAGCAGGUUUUGGCCCUGGAAGUGGGAAAAAUCACCUCUGUGCAGAUGCCCAGGGGUCGAUGCUCAAGAGAGAACUGCAAAUAUCUUCACCCACCCCCACACUUAAAAACACAGUUGGAGAUAAAUGGACGCAAUAACCUGAUUCAGCAGAAGAACAUGGCCAUGCUGGCCCAGCAAAUGCAACUAGCCAAUGCCAUGAUGCCUGGUGCCCCAUUACAACCUGUGAACUAUAUGCCUCAGUCAUUCCAAAAAAGAGGGGGGGAGGGAUCUCCAUAUUACAUCGACAUUGAUACCAAUUACCAAUACCAUACGUUCAAGUUACAAAAUAUCAACUUUUUCAAAGAAGUUAUGCCAAUGUUUUCAGUUGCACCAAGUUUAGCCACCAACGCAUCAGCAGCCUUUAAUCCCUACCUGGGGCCUGUCUCCCCAGGCUUGGUCCCAGCAGAGAUCUUACCAACUGCACCGAUGCUGGUUGCAGGGAAUCCUGGUGUCCCCGUUCCCGCAGCUGCUGCUGCUGCUGCACAGAAAUUAAUGAGGACGGACAGACUGGAGGUAUGUCGAGAGUAUCAGCGUGGCAAUUGUAAUAGAGGAGAAAAUGAUUGCCGGUUUGCUCAUCCUGCUGACAGUGCAAUGAUCGAUACCAACGACAACACAGUUACUGUCUGCAUGGAUUACAUCAAAGGGAGGUGUUCACGGGAAAAGUGCAAAUAUUUUCACCCUCCUGCACAUUUGCAAGCCAAGAUCAAGGCUGCCCAGUACCAGGUCAACCAAGCUGCAGCUGCCCAAGCAGCAGCUACUGCAGCUGCCAUGACUCAGUCGGCUGUCAAAUCACUGAAGCGACCCCUCGAGGCAACCUUUGACCUGGGAAUUCCUCAAGCUGUACUUCCCCCAUUACCAAAGAGGCCUGCGCUUGAAAAAACCAAUGGUGCCACCGCAGUCUUUAAUACUGGUAUUUUCCAAUACCAACAAGCUCUUGCCAACAUGCAGUUACAACAGCAUACAGCCUUCCUCCCACCAGGCUCAAUAUUGUGCAUGACACCCGCUACAAGUGUUGUUCCCAUGGUGCACGGUGCUACGCCAGCCACUGUGUCUGCAGCAACAACAUCUGCCACAAGUGUCCCCUUCGCUGCAACAGCCACAGCCAACCAGAUACCCAUAAUAUCUGCCGAACAUCUGACUAGCCACAAGUAUGUUACACAGAUGUAGACAUUUUGUCAUCAUACAAUCAUACUAAAGAGAAAAGGACAGUGUGCUUGGAUAGAGAAAAGGACACGAGCAUUAGCCAUAAUGUAUAUACCGUCAAGCCACACACAAAAAUUCCCUCAGCAGUAAGACAUCCACAUACUGCAUGUUAACAAGAUGAAACGACGACUUGGAAAUCCACUGCACACUGUUGCCUAUAUACUUUGUACAUUUAAUUGAUAUUUGUGCUGAGGUGAUCUUAUUGUCUAAAUCUACAACAUUGUCUAUCUUUUCUAGCACAGAGGUAUGCCUAUAUAUUUAAAUAUGCAUACAUAGUCUAUUUCCUACAUAAUCAUAUUUGUCAUCUUGAAAAGACAGACUAUGAUGUAAUCAUAAAUCUAUUAUGUAUUGGUACGUCUGUAGACCAAGAUAUAAUUUUUUAAAGUAAGUUUAUUUCUUUCAAGGUUUACAAAUAACAAAGGUGCACCUUGUAUUUAAAAUUGCCAUUAUAGAUGAGAGCGUGCAUGCACAGUAAUUUUUGUUUAAGAGUAAUAUUUUUAAUGUAAUAGAUUGUAAGAAGUGGUAAGAGAGGUAUCUGACAGAGAUGAAUGUGCCAAGCAAAACCACAACUGUGUAUAUUUUAAAGCACAUCAAUGGCUUUAAGUACCAUGUUGUUAAGGAUUCUCAUGAAGUGCCAUAGACUGUACAUCAAAUUAGAGUAUUAUUUCUGCAGUGUUAUUUUCAGAGCCACAUUUUUGCUUAUUUUGUUAGUACUAUUCAGUCAACGGCACCAUUCUGUUUCAAAACCAAAGCUGUCUCAGAAAUGGCUGAUUCAACCUAUAAUAAAAGUAGACAACAGAAAACCAAACUAUCAAUACAGAUUAAUGUAACACAUACUGGACAUAUAAAUAUAUAUAAACUAUUUUAAGGCAUUGUAGUGUAAAAUUUAUGCAUAUUAUACUGAAUAACUCAAUAUACAAAAGGGAAAAGCUAUUUCUGAGACACAAUAACAAAAAUGUUUGAAGAACUUAUUUUGCUUCUAGUUAUAGCCUCUGUCAAAAGUCAAAAAAAGACUAUAAAUGCUUUGCAGAGAUGAAUUACACUUUUGCUUAAAUGUUUCAUCAAAGUCACACUUCAAAAUAGUGACUCUAAACAAAGAAGAAAGAAGCACUGACAUCAGAUGCACGAUAAACCAAAAUAUGAAAAAAACUGAUAUGUUAAUUAGCAUAGAAUUGGGUGGGUUAAAUACCUGGGUGAGUUUUGUGAUUUAUUUUUUUUGUUCAGAUUAACUGCUUAUAGCCUUAGAAAGCCUUUACAAAAUAAUAAUAAUAAAAAAAUAGAUGUGCAUUCAAGUUUUUAAGAAUGGAUUCAUCCAAAGGAAUUCCUUUUUGUGGUUUGGAUGUUGCAGUUAGUAAAGGAUAUUUUUGCUCUGUUCAGCAAACUGCUGAAGUGGGGGCCAGGUCACUGGUAGUAUAGCAUGGAGUGGAAGAAGUGUGAGUUCAGUUAUAGAACUUUCCAUACUUCCAAGUUUACUGCAAGUUUUUAUGCUUGAGAGAUAUGCUUUCUAGUAUAAGAAUGAUGUGUUGAUUUUACUGAUUGUACUGUACAUCUAUUAAAGCCUUAGAUUAUUACAUUACGGGUUAAAACCCAUACCAAUGUAAUUUCAAUCAUGUUAAGAAAGUAUAGAUGACUUCACAUGUUAUUGUAGUUACUUACAUUACAGAAUAUUACUUAUUUUUUCUUGUUAAAAUGUAGUUUUUAUUUCUCACAUUUAUUAGAUCAUUUUCAUUUUCUAUUACCAGUUGAAUACCAUUUCAAUUUAUAGAAUUUUGUUUUAUUAGACUAUACUGAUGACUUUUUCAAAAUACAAAAAAAAUAAAAAAAUUAAAAAGUAGGUUUUUUCUUCAUAACAUAUUCAGUUUUGAAUUUACAUGUAGUGUCAUGAGUAUUUGUAUUAUUGUUAACUAAAUGAUUUAUAUUUUACUGAUUUAAUAUUACAAUGUAAGAACGUCAGUCAUUGUUAGUUCUUGUCUAGUUUUCAUUAAAAGAACAAAGAUCUUUUAUAUGGAUAUCUUAUAAUUAUAUAAUCAUUGCUAAGUAAGGAGUUCAGUUGUUGCUUUUGCAACAAUCUUGGCAGACAAUUGAAUAAUAUUUUGAUGAUUUAUUUUGUUUGUAAUUAGUUAUUAUAAGAAAAUCUAGUUCCUAGAUAUUAGAAUAAAAUUUAUUUUCUACUGUAUCCAUUUCAAAUGUUAAAAUAUUGUUUAAAUAUUUUUUGAAAUCCCUGAAUAUCAGGCCUUGUUAUAAAUAAGCUGCAUAAUCAAUAGAUCAAGGGACUUUUUGUUGAUAAUCCAAAUACUCAAAGUUUACGUAACAAGAAUUAAAGCGUGUGUGCAAACUCUUGAGGGUUGAUUAUGCUGCAGUUUAGCAUGUGGGAACGUAUAGAGAGAAGGUUGACUUUUUGCACUUCUGUAUAUAGUCAAAAAAGAGAGAAACCUGUAUAAUAGUAAGAUCUUAUUUUGAAUAAAAAUGUCUAUAAUUACAAGGAGUUUUGUUAAGGCUAAUAAAAUGACAGGCUGAACAAAAUUGCUUGCAAAAGUGGCACAGAGUUAGCACUCCAUACCCCUUCAAAAAAGUUGCUUUGCUUUAUGUGGACAGCUUGUAGUUUGCCAGGAUUUUUUCAGCUGGAAAGAUAUGCCAUCCUUCCAAGAUCUCAUGACUGACAAAAGCUCCACUGGUUCAAAUCUGCCUGAAAAUCAUUACUUUAAAAAAAAAAUUUUUAAAAAAGCAGGUACUUCAAACCAUCAAGGUGAAAUCAUGGAUUAAAUAUUCCGUACAUCAUUCAAAAACUACUGCAUGUUUAAAGUAUCAAAAACAAAACAAAAAAAACAAAAAAAAAAUAAAAAAAAAACAAAAAAAACAACCAACAACUAUAUUAAGGAUAUAUUCUAUUCAAAGCAGUUUCUGACAAUUUCCGUGGUUUAUUGUUCACAAAACAAAAAUCUUCAAAACAGAUAUUGACUUUCACAAAAAUUAAAUCAUGAACAGGCAAACCAAACAGCACACUGUAGCUGUAGUUAUGUGAUUAUUUUUUAUUGUAAUGGUCCUGUUCUUUUAGCAGGUGAAAAACAAAAACCUAUCAAAUGUUACCAUUUGAAUGAAAAGCACUCAAGAAACCAUGUAAUUACAUAAGCCAAAGCUGGAAAUAAAAAUGAUUAGGUGAUUAUUUUAUCUGGAAUAUUCAAUAUUCACACUGAUUAAUAACGUUGCACUUACUUGCAACCCUGCAACUUUCAUCUGCUGAAAGGACAGAUGUGCUUGGUUUUACUAUUAUGUAAUCACAGACUUACUUUUUGCUUGUAGUUGCUGCAAAUUAUGUAUUCUGUCCUGGGCUGCAAUUUGUUUCCAUGCUUAUUUUAUUAUUACUGCUAUAGUUGACCUUGCUGUAUGGAAAAAUAAAGUGAAAUUGCCCUAAUAAAACUUCUCUUUCUUAAUUAUA